AUGCCUUCUAUAUUUUUGGUUCUCAAUAAAUAUAACCUAUUAGCUGAAUCAAAUCCACUUCAAUUAUGUGCUCAUGCUGAUGAGCUUAGUACUAUGCUACCAGAUUGGAAGGCUCAUAAAAAUGUAAAAGAGGCUCUCUACUUAGCCGUGCCAAAAAAUAAUACAGAUGAAGCAAUUGUGGCAGCCAGUUUUUAUGUUUCACAAUUUCGUAGAAAGUUAGCAGAAGCUGAGAUUAGUUCUGAGCAAAUUUAUAUAUAUGCCAAAUUAACAGAAGAAGAACUUAGAAGAAUUCAAAAUAUCAAUAUUACUAAAAUUCCUACUAUGCAAGAUCUUGCAGAUGUAAUUAUAAUAUUGAGUAUGAGACCUACCGAAGUUGCCACUCUUUAUAUUAUUUAUUAUAAACUUAGUAAAUCGAAUCCUUCUGAAUGGUACAAGUCUGGUUAUUCUUGGUAUUAUAUCAGCAAAGAAGAACUUACUAAAAAAUACUCUAAACAAACAGAAUUAUUAAAAGCCUUAAGAAUAAAUAUCUUAAAAGGUUAUCCAAACUUUCUUGCAAGUAAUAUCACAAUACCGGAGCUAGAGAAUUGUUAUGAAUGUAAUGAAAAAAUUUUGUUAAAUCCACCCAAAGCAUUUACUACACUCGUGUGUAAUCAUAUACUCCAUCAUGACUGUUUUGAAAAAAGUAAUAAAGAUAAGCAAAAAACUUGUCCCAUUUGUUUUAUAAAUAAUGAAGGAAUGGCAUCAGCUGAAGUUCAGAACAUAGAUAUAUCAGAGGCAGUAAAAGAUGAAGAUAAAGAAACCUCUAAUCUAACAGAGGCUAUAAUACAAAGUUUAAUAAAAGAACUAUCUAUGCCAAGUAAGCCGAUUGAUGAUAAUGAUAAAGGAAAUAAGAGCAAAGAAUCAAAACCAAUAACUUUACUCCAGUUAUACUAUAAUGCAAACCAGGCAGAAAAACAUGUAACCCAUGCCUACCAAGAAGAAAUAAGAUGCUGGUAUCUGUUUGCUAAAAAAUUUGAAGAAAGAGUUAAAGAAAUAAAAAAUGAUAACAGUAGGUACAAUGACCAACAAGCUAGAGGGUUAGUAUAUGAUGAAGUCACAACCAAUCUUCUGGGAUUUACAAGAGAUAGUUUGCGUAAAAAAACUGCAAAGACUAAAAAUAUCUAUAAGUUGUUUGGAGAAAGUUAUGACUCUGAUACCAAAAAAAUAAAGCUUGACCUUGAUUAUGAAGAUAUCAAAAUUAUCAAGAAGAAAAAGGUUUCUGAUGAUGACUUCCUAGAUUUGAAUGUUGAAAAACUCAUAAAAUAUGACUUGAAAGACAGUUUAGCUAAAAGAAUCAUGAAAUUAGUCAAUACAAUAAAGGGUGAAGAACAGAAACAGUGGGAUCAAAUUCUAGGAUAUCUCAAUAAACAUCUCAACCCACACCUUUCUGAAAAUAUUGUGGUUUUUGAUGUUUCUGGCUUAAGAGACUUUCUUAAUAUAACUGAUAAUCCGCUGUUGCCAUUCAAUCUAAAGAAAGAUGUGAAAACUCAUCAUGUUCUGCAAGUUAUUUGUGAAAUGAUUUUAGCAGAUCUUCAUGUACAUGAUGGGAUUAAAGUCUUUAGAGUUUUAACAGAUCUGAAUGAAACCUGGAACAUUUAUUGGAUAGAAGAGAAACAUAUUAAGACUCUUGCAUUAAACAACCAGAAAAAUGUGAUGAGGUUAAUUGGAAAAAUGGCAUUUGAAAAUUCCAAAGAAAUAGAUGUUUCAUGUGAUGAAGAGGAUGAGUUCGAUAUUCUUAAAGAUGUUCUAUAA